GUCACAACUUGGACACGCGCCAGCCUUUCCCUCCCCGAGGUCACAACGAAUGAGCAAAACGCAGAGGCGUAAGAAGGGAUUUGUUGUUCAUGUACUGUAGUCUCCCGUAGUUCAGCUCGGGGAGGUUAUAGGUGGUGGCCCGACAUAACGACAUAACAGGAGUCUCUGGUUACACGGUUACGUUAAGAUUUAACGUAGUUGCGUCUACUCUCACCACGGGGGAAAAAAUGUAGUAGCUCCUCGUGCUUUAGGCCUACAGUGAAAACCGGAGACCUCGAGAGCAAGUCUUUUUUUGGAACUGUCCGCGCCUGGGAAGAAAUCAAAACAACAAUGCAGAGUUGCACCAAUAUAUCAGAUACAGCCAAGGAGUUAUGUGACGCGGUGUCAGUGUCUUUAGGUUUGAGUUCGCAGUUAAACGAGAUAGUGGAUAAUGGACGGAGCGGCCCUGCCUUCUCUGCAGACUGCGGCCCAAAUCAUGGAAACCAUUUUUCAGUCUCCGAGGAGUCUUCUCCAGAGUUUGGAGCUGGCGCAAGUAUGACCUCAGAGUUAACCACCCAGAUGCAGAGGAAAACGAGAAUUAAAUCAAAUGAUCUCGGGCCAUCGUUCGAAGUACAUCAAGACAUUUGUGGACAAAAUUAUGUCGGUUUUUUACAGACCCUCGAGCGCGAAAGGGACAGCGCAUGGAAGGUGACGAGGCCUAUGCACGAGUUGGAAAUGGCCCGAGGUCUCCGUAAAAACUCGGACAUGUUCGUGAAUUUGGAUAACGCUAUUGCGCUCUCGGUGCCCUCUCAGUUUGACGAACUGUUACCUUUAAAUUCUCCAUUCCGUAAAGACGCCCCAACCCAGUUAUUUGGUAGGGAAUUUACGGAUCAAUCGACCGUCAAUGGCCUCAUCAAAAGCAGCCUUAACAAAACCGAACCAGGACACGAGGGACCUUGUCCGGUGGCGGGUGGAUCUUGGUUCUGUAAAUAUUUGGACAACGGAAAUUGCAUGUCUUGUGGAGCACGUAAAGCCUGUCCCCCUGGGGUUAACUAUCAGGACUAUGACCCUGGGAUGCCACAAGAGGGUCAUGUCCAGGAGCAAAGUUACCAAAGUGUGAUGCAUGAAAGCGGUCUUCAACAAGUGUAUCACUCCGCUAUCAAGAAGGAGAGUUCUGGAUGGAUGAGUGCUGACUCCAGACUGAGAUGUGAGGAUAUGUUGCCAGUGUACUUCUCUGACCGGAGGGUGUGUAAGGUAUGUGGAGACGAGGCGUCAGGCUGUCACUAUGGAGCUGUUACCUGUGGGAGCUGCAAGGUGUUCUUCAAGAGGGCUGCAGAGGGUAAGCAGAAUCACCUGUGCGCCAGCCGUAACGACUGCACCAUCGACAAGCUGAGGAGGAAGAACUGCCCUUCCUGUCGUCUCAGCAGAUGCUUCCGGUCUGGAAUGAGCCUCAAAGGCCGCAAGCUGAGGGGAGCUGGCCCGCUGAAAGGAGGAGUGGAGGGGGGAACACAGGCACCCGGCAAAGAGAGGACUGGAGAGAGGGGAGGAGAGAGGCCUGGAGAGAGGACUGGAGAGAGGACUGGGGGAUUACAGUUAUCCACCGUUUCCCCACAGGCUAAAUGCUGUGCUGCGUCGCAGGCUCCCGCUCUUGGCCCCUCCCCCAGUCUACGCCCCUCCCUCCUCAACAUUCUGAGUUCCAUUGAGCCAGGAAUGGUCAACGCAGGCCAUGACACCUCCCAGCCAGACUGUUUCGCCUCCCUACUGUCCAGCCUCAACGAGCUGGGAGAGAGACAACUGGUGUCUGUGGUGAACUGGGCUAAAGCCAUGCCAGGUUUCAGACAGCUGCAUGUAGAAGACCAGAUGUCAGUGAUCCAGUCUUCAUGGCUGGGGUUGAUGGUGUUCGCUCUGGGCUGGAGGUCUUACACUAACACAGAUGCUAGAGAGCUCUACUUCGCUCCUGACCUCAUCUUUAACGAUCAGAGGAUGCGUGUGUCCAGUAUGUACGAACACUGUGUCCAGUUCCGUCUGCUGUCCCAGAGGUUCUGUAUGCUCAGAGUCACCCAGGAAGAGUUCCUCUGUAUGAAGGCUCUGCUCCUCUUCAGCAUCAUCCCUGUGGAGGGUCUGAGGAAUCAGAAGUGUUUUGACGAGCUGAGGAUCUCUUACAUCAAGGAGCUGGUUUGUCUGGCCAGCCAACACGGAGAAAAACACCAUACACAACGCCUGUUCCAGCUAACACAGCUACUGGACUUCCUACACCCGAUUGUGAGGAAGCUGCACCAGUUCACCUAUGAUCUGUUUAUCCAGGCCCAGUCUCUGCCCACCAGAGUCAGCUAUCCAGAGAUGAUCUCUGAGAUCGUCAGCGUUCACGUGCCCAAGAUACUCACAGGCAUAGUUCAGCCAAUCCUCUUUCACAAUGCACCUUGCUAGAGGGUCAUCCCAUCACAAUGCACCUUGCUAGAGGGUCAUCCUAUCACAAUGCACCUUGUUAGAGGGUCAUCCUAUCACAAAAAAAACCUGCAAGUGGUUCAACCUAUCACAAAACUUCCUGCUAGAGGUUCAACCCAGGGCAGGCCCUAGGCACAAGGUACUUUUUUUUUUGGGGGGGGGGGGACUCAGUCAACUUAAUGUUGAGAGUUAAAGUAAAAUACACAAGGUGACAUUUUUAAAUUUGUUAGUGAAUCAGCAGUUUUUGUUAGUGAAUCAGCAGUUUUUGUUAGUGAAUCAGCAGUUUUUGUUAGUGAAUCAGCAGUUUUUGUUAGUGAAUCAGCAGUUUUUGUUAGUGAAUCAGCAGUUUUUGUUAGUGAAUCAACAGUUUUUGUUAGUGAAUCAACAGUUUUUGUUAGUGAAUCAACAGUUUUUGUUAGUGAAUCAGCAGUUUUUGUUAGUGAAUCAGCAGUUUUUGUUAGUGAAUCAACAGUUUUUGUUAGUGAAUCAACAGUUUUUGUUAGUGAAUCAACAGUUUUUGUUAGUGAAUCAGCAGUUUUUGUUAGUGAAUCAGCAGUGUCCGUCUCUGAAUCAGCAGUGUCCGUCUCUGAAUCAGCAGUUUUUGUUAGUGAAUCAGCAGUGUCCGUCUCUGAAUCAGCAGUGUCCGUUAGUGAAUCAACAGUGUCAGUCUCUGAAUCAGCAGUGUCCGUUAGUGAAUCAGCAGUGUCCGUUAGUGAAUCAGCAGUGUCCGUUAGUGAAUCAGCAGUGUCCGUCUCUGAAUCAGCUCUUGUUAGCAAACAUUUAUUUAGAUUGCUAAGUUAGCCAGCUGUCUAGGCCUUAUAGUAAUCAUGGCCAACUAAUGACCAGGCACGCAGGUACCCUGACCUCCAGGGGACCUCCAUUGAUGUUGUCAGUCACUCUCACUCAGAUAUCCAAGGUCUUGGCAAAAUGUGUAGAAUUGUAGGAAAUUUGCUUUAAAACUUGAUAAUUUCUCUCCACCCCCUGGCAGUAUUUGUAGAAUUGUUGGAAAUUUGCUUUAAAUCUGCAAGAUCUUCUGGCUGCCCCAUUUGAAGAAAAAUGUGUAGAAUUUGAUCAAAUGUGAUUUAAAACAACAACAUUUUCUCUACGCCCCAUAGCUAAAUGCAAAUGUGAUUUAAAACCACAACAUUUUCUCUACGCCCCAUAGCUAAAUGCAAAUGUAAAUUUCAGGAAAUGUACUUUAAAACUUAAAUUUGCUUUAUCUGUGCCGUCAAGAGGGGGCCCACUAAAAUGUUUUACCCGCAUGGUGUGGGGCCCCAAAACGCUAGGGCCAGCCCUGGUUCAAUAUAUCACAAAAACCUUACUAGAGGACCAACCAUUGUCUGUACAUGAAUGGGCAAAGCCGUCGAUGAUGUCACACCAUUCAUUCCUAUGUGAAGACUCAAUGUCGCAUUUGAAGGUUAGGAAGUCGGUUUUAGCUUGCUAAAGUGCCGUCUCAUUGGGGAUAUGUAUGUCGACAUAACAUGCACAGUUUGAGCUACUCCAGGAAGGGACGUUUGCAGGCUAGGUCAGAGCUGCCUGCAACCGAAGGCCGACCAGGGUACUGCAGGUUACCAUAGCAACUCAAUUAUCCUUAUAACUUCUUUGUACAAUUGUAUUUUUUAAUAUAAUCAGUUCAAGGACAUACAUCUGUUCUAAUAUAAGCAAUUAUUGGUAACAUGGUUGUGCUUGAAUGCUAUUUUUAUUUUUUUCUCUCUAAUAUUGACAACGAAGAUUUGCCAUUUUCCCAUUCACUAUAAUGGGAGAUCCUGCUUUCUGGAAACAACAGCCUUCAGUACCGCAGUCGGCCUUGAACUUCAUGGCUUCAAUGAGAGGGGUCAGUUGGUCUCCCCAGGGUUGAUUACGUUACAACCCCUGAUCUCAAGCUAGGGUUUGAUCCUGAAUGUACAUUUCAGACUGUUGGUUUUCUCUCUUUUCAACUGUUAUAUACUCUUUCAUAGUUUCAGUAAAUGUAGUAGUGUGUUUAACACUGUCAAAAUAAGUCAUAAUUCUUCUGAAUAACACAUCAUUCAUACUCUACAGACAUUCAUAUAUAACACAAUAUCUGUAAAUAUAAAAUGCAUUAUACUUUGCAUAUUCUAUCAAAACAAUUCAUACUUCUUUAAAAUUCUAACAAAUGAAACUAUCUAUAUUCCACAUCACUGGGUCAUCAUGUGAUUUGUAUCUUAAGUAUUCUGUAAGUGACAGGGAAACACAUACAGGUUGUACCCAAAAUUACAUCCAACCCUUUUAGUGCACUACAUUUGAGUAGGACCCAUAGGGCUCUGGUCAAAACUAGUGCACUAUAUAGGGAAUAGGGUGCCAAUUUCUGACUCAAUUUUCCAUAAAAAAAUUAUAUUUCUCCCUCAGGUAAGGUGUUACCAUCUAUUGAAGUAUUGAGCUUCAUCAAUACUUUAUCCUAUCUGAGUUCAUAUGUCUACUUACCAAAUAAAUACCGUACCUCACUAAUC